AUGGCACUGGCCGAGGACCGACGCGCCAUCCGAGCCGGCGACGUGGAUGCUCAGCUGGGCAUUUGGCCACGCAUGCUCGACCGACUGGCCAGCAUGGAGACCGAGAACCAGCCGACCUCGGACGAUGCUGGCGUCAGGUCGCCAGGUAGGCAGGGUCCCUUUUGCCGGGAAUCGGAGUGCCCAAAAGGUGCACAAUUGGGUAACCGGACAAAAUGUCUCGCAUAA